UUCUACAUUUUUUAUCCAUUUUUUUGUCGUGUAGUGAUCUUUUUCCUCUAAUCUAAUCAAAAUCAGAGCUAAAACCUUUGACAUUACCAAAGCCAAUAUCAAAAAAACCAAUUUUAGCUUGCCAUUCGAGGUCAGAAAAUAUAAAAUUACUUUGAUCAUCAGGCCAUGAUCAUCUUCUUCUUCUUUGACGAUCACAAUUCGUAAACCCUAAUUCUCAGAUUAUGAUGACUCUUUACGGUCAAGAAAGGUCGCAGGACGCCAGAAGUAACCACGGGGAUGAGACGACGGAGACUGUUGUGAGAGACAUCCACGCAUUAACUCCGACGCCGGAAGAUAACUCCCGGACGAUGACGACGACGUUGCCUCCACCGCCUGCUUUCCGAGGCUAUUUUUCUCCGCCAAGGUCAACAACGACCAUGAGCGAAGGAGCUUCUUCUGGCGAGAACUUCACGACUAUAAGCAGAGAGUUCAACGCUCUAGUCAUCGCUGGCUCCUCUAUGGAAAACAACGAACCAACGGCUCGUAACGUCACGCAGCGUGAAGAUGAGAGACAACAUGACUUGAACUUGAUGAGGAUUCACGAGGAGAGGGAUCAUGAAGUGGAGACGAAUCCUUUGGCAAUUGUGCCGGACCAGUAUCCGAGUCCGGGUUUGGAUCCUGGAAGUGAGAAUAGGUUGUUGGGUCUGGGUCAGGGUCAGGUAGGAACGACGACGGUGCAAAGGGUGAAGAGGGAAGAGGUGGAAGCAAAGAUAACGGCGUGGCAGACGGCAAAACUGGCUAAGAUCAAUAACAGGUUUAAGAGAGAAGACGCCGUUAUUAACGGUUGGGUUAAUGAACAAGUCAACAAGGCCAAUUCUUGGAUGAAGAAAAUCGAGAGGAAGCUAGAGGAAAGAAAAGCGAAAGCGAUGGAGAAAACGCAAAACAAUGUGGCCAAAGCACAGAGGAAAGCAGAGGAGAGAAGAGCGACGGCAGAGGCAAAGAGAGGGACAGAGGUUGCAAAAGUAGUUGAAGUUGCUAAUCUCAUGAGAGCUGUCGAACGCCCUCCUGCCAAGCGCUCAUUCUUCUCUUUCUUCUAGUUUUUUAGUUUAUCCAAUCAUUAAAUUAAGCAUCACUGUAUAUUAGUAAUAUAUUUGGUAAAGAAAGAGGACAUUUUUUGGUUUUUUAUAUACACAUAAAUGAGAGUGUACGUACGUACGUA